UCUCCGUGCCAACGAGGGGAGAAAAAAAAAAAAAAAGAUCAUCGCGCUUGGUUCGUUGAGCGCCGCGUGUUUCUCAAAGACAAGAACGCGAGAAAAAAACAUAAGAGAAGCGACGCGCGACUUCUGGCGUGCUUCCCUAGUCAGCCAACGCAACGGACCGAUCGUAGCUAACGUGUUCAUCGUCGUCGUCGUCGUCGUCGUCAUCGUCGUGGUCGUGGUCGUCGCGAACGCCGUCGUGUGUCUGCACCGGGACGCACCAGCCGGCGAAACGCGUGCGAGUGGGAGAGAAUCGUAAGUGGGAGAGAGAGAGUGUGUGUAUGCGUAUGAGAGAGAGAGAAAGCGAGUCCGAGUAUAAGGCAAAAGGGGGGAAAGAGUGGAAGAGUGAAAGAGAGAGAAAGAAAGAAAGAAAAAGAAAGGAAAAGAAGGAGGGAAGAAACGUCGACAGGGACGGCUGUGGAUCGUGUGCCGGUCUGCAGUGCGACAUUCGACGACACACACACUCGCCGCUUCCCGUCCUUCCAUCGUAGCACGCCGAGUUCUAAUCAACUUUCGCGUAUACACACGCUCCUCCGUCCAGAAAAUCUGUUUACCGGAUCUCCGUGCUCUCCUCCACGCUUUCGAACGUCGUUCUCUUCGUUUCCGCGACUCCUUCGACCUCGACGCCUCCGAGCCGCCACUCGAUCGACGCCGGACGUUCGUCGAUACGGUUGCCGAUCGUUCACGCUCGCGCGGCUAGUCUCUCUUUUCUAGUUCCGUGGAAAGAGGAUCGAGGGGAACGUUCGUAAGGGCCGGUUUCUAGCGACGCGACUUCGACUCUGAUCGAAACAAUAAGCAGCAGACGUGUCGUCACUUUUCUUCGCAAACCUUAUGCGAAUUCGGUUGGUGAACAAGUGAAACGACGCGUUCGAAACGUCAACAAAGGAAUCCCACGGUUUUGUGAAUCGGCUUGCGAAAGAAAGGAAAGAAAGAGAAGCCGACCAACGUUUUUUGUUCGCGCCCGGUAGAGAGAGUAUCCAGCUGAUUAUAAACACAAAGAGUUUCCACGCACAAAUAAAUAGGCAGACACGCUCGUUCCAUUUUUUAACGCUGUUUUUAUCGUCGAUCGUUAAAAGAAACGAGCUGUAUACAAAGGAAAAUACAGUUGGAUUGCAGCGUGAAGACGUCGGCAGAGAGGAUGUGCAGGAGGUCGGCCUGGUGAAGCUGCCUGGUCGAUGUCUUCCAGGCGACGGUCGCGUCACGGACGGGAUGCGAGACGAGCCACGUGAAUGUUGUACGCCGUUGAACCUUCCUAUCCGCCUGCCGAAUUAUUCUGGACCGGCAUGGAGCCCGUGAAAGCCAAAAUGGCCCCCACCGGGAUGCCCCCAGUCACCGGGGUCUUACAGCCACCCGCGGGCUCGACGCUGUCAGGGACCACGAUGGCGAAUUAUAAGAAAAGCUGGUGGAGAAGAGUGGCCCCCUGCUUGGCGUUCCUUGCCGCGUUUUCCACUGCCAUGGCCUUGCUCCUUGUCUGGAGCGAGGCUGCGGCCUUGAGGAGGCAGGCGUUCGACGCCAAUAUGACCAGAGAUUACGUGUUGAACAGCGUCUCGAUGGACAAUCCGGAAUUGGUCGCGUAUAUCAGAGAGGUUCAAUUGAAACCCACCACGCAACAGGACCCGUCCAACGCCACUCAAACAACGGAGGAGAGGUACGUGGCGGGUCUGACCGAGGGAAAACGCGAGGGUGUGUACGUGGAGUACAUAAGCAGGAUAGGUGCCAUCUCUAGUACGGGCUGGUUGGAACGUAACUUAAGUUGGAGAGGCGUCCUGAUCCUGACAGAUCCUAGAAGCUUCUUCGAGGCGCAUAGAAGCACCAGAAAUCCAAAGACCAGAGUUCUUCAUGCUUGCCUCAGCACCGAUAAGGAUACCAAAGAGAUUACUUAUCACCAGGAAUCCGAAGUUCAAGUUACUAAAUUGGGCGAGGGUCCGAACAGUCUUGUGUCGUCGGACGAGGGCUUACCGACCACGAGAUUGAAAUGCUUUCCUUUGUACAGCGUUCUGUUGGCCUAUAGUGCCACCACUUUGGAUUACCUGAGUUUGGAUAGUCCGGAUGCGCAAGACGGCCAGGUCUUGGAUACGAUUCCUUGGGAGACGACCAGGAUAUCCGUGGUGUCUAUCCGUUGGAGUCCUCACCAUAGCGAAACAGAGACGAAAAGCCUGAUCGAUAAGAUGACUAGCAGGCGAUACAAGUUGAUGUACACAACCGACACAGGGAAAUUGAUUUUCUUGUACAACGCGUUGCUUAAGAUUUGAACUUCCUUGACUGUGCUUACUUUCGACACACUAGACGAUUCUACGUUCACAGGUGCAUUCUUGACGAACAGGAGAAUUCAGUUGCGACCAGGAAUAUUUUCUUUUCGUGAUCGAUCAAAAGAUCGUUCGUGGAACAACGUCUGUGAUCUUUGUUCGACGGAUCAUCGAAAUGAUCUCGAUUCCGAUUAUCGAAACAGAACGACACGGACCUCGUUAUCGAACGUAACUUUUAUUUUCCAAAUGGAAAUAUAUUUCUUGCCGCACGCGCAUA